UUUCUUGCACCAAACUUACCCUAACAUCAAGAAAUACAAAAUCGGAUGUUGGAUUCUUGGGUAAGAAGAAAACUACAUCAAUUAUACAUUAGCGGCACGCCUAACCAUCCACCGCAACUAGAAACAGUUACACAGAGGUUUAUCAACGCGGUUUAAAGGGUUUUGAAGUUUCGGAUACUCUAGCAUAAUCGUUCUUCAUCUGUUUCAUGUUCAGAUUACACGAAUCCAUUUUUCGUUUCAUACAUGCCUGUCCUCAGGGUUUCGCUGUUUUCCCAUGGAAAGAAGUUUGCAGAGUCUCUAUUUUCUUCCACGAGGUGUGUCACACCAAUGAAGUUUCGUUCUUCAAGCUACAUGAGAUCAGCAAACAUGUCAUAUAAGAGUGGGCCAUUACUUACACAAGAACAAUCUACUUCACCAAUUUGGCGAUCUUAUUUGAUUCCAACUUCUGUUCUUGGUGGAAUCGGGGGUGCUCUUCUUUUUUGGCAUAUGAAUGAUGAGAAGCGAGCUAUUCUAAAAGGACAGGGUUCAAAUGAGGGAUGUAGUACUGGUAAGGGUCCGGUAAUCGGUGGCCCUUUCAGCUUAAUUGAUUCAGAUGGUAGAUUAGUUACAGAAAAAGACCUUCUGGGAGAGUGGAUACUUCUUUACUUUGGUUAUACUUCAUCUCCUGACGUGGGGCCCGCAGAACUUUCCAAAUUGGCCAAAGCUGUUGAUACAUUAGGAUCAAAACGGAAUAUUAAUAUUCGACCUGUAUUCGUUACAAUUGAUCCACAACGUGAUACACCAUCACAACUUCAUGCCUAUCUCAAAGAAUUUGAUGGGAGAAUAAAAGGUUUAACUGGACCAGUUGGUUCUAUAAGACAAAUGGCACAUGAAUACAGAGUGUAUUUUAAGAAGAUCGAAGAAGAUGGUGAUGAUUAUCUUGUGGAAUCUUCGCACAACAUGUACCUAAUGAAUCCAAACAUGGAAAUUGUUAGAUCCUUUGGACUCGAAUACAAUGCAGAACAACUAUCCGAAGAUAUUUAUAAAGAAUUUCAAAAAAUAGAAACAUAAUUUUUUUUGUAAUGACAUCAUAUUAUAGAUGAUAAGCACCCUUACUGUUUUGAUACUUUUUCUAACAUUUGUAGAUGAAAUUUGAUUUGAACUUUGAAUUGUAUCCAACUCCUCUUGAAUGUAGACUCCAAUAGCAACACUUACAUGGAUUUACUAGGGUUAAAUGCAAGAAAUACUUCAUAAUUUCA